GAUCUCGAUCCUCAACUGAUGAUUCAGUGACGUCAGACUUCCCAACACCCAACCUCUCAUUCCACCACCUUCACUUACUACCCUCCACCAACAGCUUCUCGAACACAACAUAAAUUCUAGCCUCAAGUUGGCCAAACCUUCUUCACUUCAUCAGCCAACGGCCAAAACCUCAGGCAUGAAGAUCCGUUCAUCCCGCAUCUCAGGCUCAAUAGCAAAAGCCAUAAGCCAACGCCACGGCAAGUCAAAGAAAGGCAUCAUAAAAACCAUAAUCGCCUUCUUCCGCCUCUUUCGUCUCCUCCUAACACGCUAUCGCUCCAUCGACUUUCUCGCUUUGCGCAAAGAGGUCUGGCAACUUGAUGAAGAUGAUUAUCACGAGUCUUUCCAGACAGAUGGAGAAGACAAUGCUGAGCUCAUACCCAUUGGCGAUCUAGGGUACAGCGGCUCUACGUUUUUCACGACGGCUAAUGAGAAGUAUCUCAUCAAAUCGCUGCCAAGACGCUUUGAGCAUGAUUUCUUCGUGAAGGAGUUGUUGGAUCCGUAUGUGGGACAUAUGAAGUUUCAACCACAUAGCUUACUCGUCAGGAUCACGGAUUUGGUGGUCUCGUCGCAGGCGAGUAUUGGUGGUAUGAUUGGUGCUGCGCCGACACAUCAUAUUGUCAUGGAGAAUCUACUCUAUGGAAAACCAAAGGGUGAUGAGGGAAAGAAGUGGGAGACGUACGACCUCAAGCCAAACGAUUACUUCUUUCCAGAACGAGAUAUCGCAGACGGUGCUCUUGUUCCAGACAGCGUUAUAGAACGCCUCGUCGAUGAAUUUCCCGACAAAGUCCGUGUUACACACCAAGCCAAACAAGAGCUUAUAUCACUACUCUUCGCGGACUCUGCACUCCUCGCCUCACACAACGCAGUGGACUAUUCCCUGUUUUUAGUACGAUACCCGCAAGGCAUGGAAGUUCCAGUUGUGGAAUCAGAUGCUGGACGUUGGCGAAGGGGUGUUGAUGAUGUGGAUGGGAAGUGGACGUAUCGAUGUGUUGUUCUGGACUUUUUCUGGGCGAAGCAUGCUUUCCAGGCGAGGGCAUUAACGAAGAUUGUGAAGAUCUUUAACAAGGUUGCGCAUAAGGGACCGAUGAGCAUCACAGCGGAUCCGGAGGAGUAUAGGGAGAGGUUUAUGAAGAUGGUGGAUGAGAUGGUCGUUGAAGGGUAAAGACGCAGUAUGGGUUUGAUGGUUCAUUGUUGCUUGCGGUUUGUGAAAAGCAUGGAGUCGGAAGGGAUCGUUUUGUUUCUUGAUGAUGAUACCACUUGUCCCUCAUGGUGGAUAAGAGUCAACUUUGUCACGAAUAAUGUCUAAUGCUCUCAGUUAUCUCAUAUGCUUGAAAAAGAUCAACGAAGGUCUUUUCAGUCAACCUAUGAAUGAUCGUUCGUGUAAUCAAAAAGCCAGUUGAAGAGUGAUAACCUCAGUUGUCUCGUCCCCGGAUCCACUCAGUUGACAC